AAUCUAAAAUCAUGUCCGACUUACGAUAAUUCAAAGAAGAGGCAAAGAACGACAAUUUAACGCAGAAAAAUUAAUACAAUUGAUGUGGAUCAUCGGAUGUUAACAAGAGAUAGCUAUCCAAUUGGAAGGCUUGCGUAAACUUAUGAAUGAAAACCACCGCGGAUAUACAACUUCUCGUAUCUAAGGAUAAAUGAAAAAGGAGUCUCCCGCUUUGAUGAAUUUUUAGAUAUACUUAAAGUGAAUAGUUACUUCAUUUUUCGCAGAUCGCAUUGCAAUACAUGCGUUACGUUCAAUCAUCCUAGAGUAUGCUACUAAGUCAGCCUCCUCCGACAAUACACACACUGCGCUUUCACGUCAGAAGGUCUGAAACCAUGGCAACGACGUCGGGAGGAGACAAAUCACCAGGGCGACAGCGCAUCAACAGCUUGUACGGCACGCUAGCCAAAGGGUCAGCGUUCACAAACUCUCGGCGGUACUCCCACGCCCCGCAGAGCCUGGGGGUGCCUUCUGUGGGGGUUGCCAGUGACCGCAGAUCGUCGACCCAGGGGCGGCAUCACAGGGGUAUGAGCAUGGACACGGCGUUUGCUGAUAUCAGCAAAUCCGUGCUGAAAGGAUCGCGGAAGCAGUCCACGGAUAAGUCACGUCUCGGUCUCCCAUUGAUGGACGCUUCGACAUUCGGACGUCGCCGGUCGCUGCGAGAGAGAAACCGAGGGACGUCGGAUCCCACUCUGCCUGCGAGCGGCACAGAAGACAUGGGACCCAGGAAGGCGUCCAAUAAGUCCAUCAAAAGUUUCAGCAGACAGUUAAAGUUUGUAGAAACGAUUAAAGCGAAGGCCCGCUCUGCCCGGAGGUUCGUGCAAACGCUGAAGGAAAAACAACGGCUCCAAGAAUUAAUGAAGAAAUUCAGACGUGCAGCUCGCCUCGCCAUUUUCUGCAGACGACAAACUCUAGCGCAUUCUUUGAGAAACAAAGAACACGAUGAACUUCUACCCUUUAUCCGGGACCUAAAAUUUACGGAUUAUCAAGAUUUUGGAACGGCACUUGAUGUUGAUAUUUGGGACGGGUUCAACCCAAACGACUUCAAAGCAAAUAGACAGUUACGUCUCUCGGAGGAGGCCAAGAGGAUCCUGACCAAGCCAUCCGGAGAAAGGACGGAACAGGAACUGAAUUAUGUUGAGAUAUCUCUGCGGAAUAUUAAGGCUUACAGUGACUACACAGUUCGAAUGCAGAGGAAAAUUGCAGAAGUGGGAAUGUACGAAAGAUUUGAAGCGAAGAGAAUAAUUGUGCGUCAAAGUCACCCACCAAAUGCGUUCUAUAUUUUACUCUCAGGAUCGGUCGUUGUUGUCGUGAUGGACCAAGAGACACGGGUGGCAAAGCCGGUAGCAAUCUUAAAGAGGGGUCGAGCGUUCGGUGAACUGGGCUUGAUAAACCGUACACCACGCCAGUCGUCGUGUAUAGCAAAAGAAACCGUGGAGAUGCUCAGCAUUUCAAUACAGGAUUUUCGUCAGAUUUUCAUGACUGGAGGAGACGACGACGAAGAGUUAAUUGAGAAAUUGGAUUGUUUUAACGGAUGGCCAGUGCAAAUUCUUGAGUCCAAUCCAAAGAAACUGAUGCAUCACUUUUUCAAGAAAGGAGAUGUCGUGGUUAAGGACAGUAACUAUUCUAAUUGGAUUGUAGUUGUAAAGUCGGGCCACUUGCACGUGCUGAAGAAAUUAAGAAAAGUUGGCGCUUACGAGUGGAAGCGAACAUAUUCAGACUUAAGUGAAGCAGAGAAAAAGAAGAGGAAUAAAGCAGAGAUGAGGGAAUAUCGCCUUCAGAAAAACUUUUUGCUCAAAUACAUCUUGCCCGAACUGAAAAUACCCCUUAAACCUACAGAGACCGAGGAACCAACAAAAUACCGACGAUCUUCGGUGAAAAUAAGUGGCAAUUUGCCAAAACAGGAUCCCACCAUAAAAGAUGUUCAGUUAACGACAGAAAGUUUUGCGUUGCCAGACAUUGGCCAAAGUGACAGUCUGGUCAGACGACACACUGACAUGCCAGAAAAAUCUCCACCAGGGGAUGCUAAUAAUAAUGACACGACACGUUCUAAAUCAAUGUUAGAAACUGUGCAGACGACGUAUGAUAUUGACCCAGUGGAGGAAGUAGCACACGUUAACACGCCACGUGGUACAGUAUCACCACGUGACAAAGUGUCACCACGUUACCACGUAUCACAACGAGACCAGGAAUCACCACGUGAUCCAGGAUCUCCGCAGCAGCCAAAAUCCAAAAGGAAAUCCAAUAAAAGUCCAACAAAAUUAAAAGUAAAAGAGGAUAAAGACGAGGACGAAAAGAAAAUCCAGCAGCAGGUCAGGACGAUAAACGACGACUUAAACGCUGAAUACAAGAAGGACGAGGAAGACAUGACAGACGCCGACAGGAACCCCGCCUUCAUCCACGUGCAGACCCUUUCACGGGGAGAUGUUUUUGGACUAAACCAAUUCGUGUUGGGUAACCAGCCCAGUUUCUGUGUGAUGAGUAACGGCGCUGAAGUGAUGAUGAUUAACAAGCAGUUUUACCAGGAUAAUGCUCCAGAGAAACUCAUAGCAAGACUCCGACGACGGCUGGCUCCGUAUCCUACCGAUGAUGAAAUGCAGGACAACCUUCAGAUCAGCGUGGAUUGGGACGCUUAUAAAGGAGAGGCACUCGGGAGAACGCUGGCUGACAUUGAGACGAAAAAGAAAAUGGCGCAAACUAUUUCACCUCGGUGA